AUGAGCGGGAAAAAUAACGAUAUAAUCGUUGCUCAAAGGCGCCUUGAACACUUUAAUAAGGCAUUAAAAUCACAGGAUUCUCCAAGAAAUGAUGCAUCUAUUGAUUCCGAAAGUUCUGCAUCAACAAUUCGCAUUGGUGAUGUUUCAUUAAAAAUUUCUGAACCAAAAAAUCCUGAAUUAGUCCCAUAUUAUGUUAAACCUUUAUUUGAAGAUUCGCAAGAGUUUCUCCAGCAUUUAAGAUGGAUGAUGCAAAAAGAAAAACUUGGUCAAGAUAUUUUUCUUAUUGGCCCCCCAGGUCCAUUAAGAAGAAGUCUCGUUCUUAGGUAUGCUCAACUUACAAACAGAGAAAUUGAAUACGUAGCAUUGUCUAAGGAUUGCACAGAUUCUGACCUUAAACAACGUCGUGAAAUUUCUGGUGGUACCGCUUAUUAUGUAGACCAGGCAUGCGUACGUGCUGCUAUACACGGGCGAAUUUUGAUAUUAGAUGGUAUUGAAAAGGCCGAAAGAAACGUACUUCCAAUUUUAAAUAAUUUAUUGGAAAAUAGAGAAAUGUUACUUGAAGAUGGUAGAUUUUUAGUACAUCCAAAGCGUUAUACCUCUCUUGCUGAAUCAAAUUCAAAGGUCAAUAUGGAUGGUUGGAAAUUAGUUAAAGUAUCCGAACACUUCAUUGUGAUAGCAUUGGGCUUGCCAGUUCCCCCAUAUAUUGGUCAUUCUUUAGAUCCUCCGCUUAGGUCUCGGUUUCAAUGCAGGGAUAUUAGGCAACCUGAGUUUGAUUCUCAAAUAAAACAUUUACGUAAAUUAGCUCCAAAUGCAAAUUCAGAAAUAGUAGAACGAUUAGUAUCUGUAGCAAAUGUUCUUGGAAAUAUGCGAUAUGAUAAUAGCGGUGGAAUAACUAUUCCCGAAUUCCCAAUUUCUGUUGAUACAAGUGUUAAUGCUGAACAAAAAAGUAUCAUCGAAGCAACUUAUCACCGCUUUGGCAUGCUUGGAUUUGAUUUUGAAAGAAGUUCUACAAAUAACACUAUACAACAAGGCGAAACCAUUUUUCAAUGUAUGCCAGGAUACAAUAUUAAAAAUAUCCAAGCAUCAAAUGACGUAAAAACAACUAUUGGUAGUGAGCUUCCUAUAUAUAUGUUUGAAUUGGAUUUUCAACAGAUAGAUUUUAAUAAGAUUCACCAUGUUAGCGUUUUUGGUGGUUCCGAUGAACCUUUAGCUGAUUUCUUUGUAGAGACAGGAUAUCACCAAAAUAUUUUUAAUGCGAUGUUAAUUGCACAUUCGAUUGGUGAUUUUUGUUUGAUUGGUGAAAAAGGAGUUGGAAAGAGUGCAUUAAUGAGACAUUUCGCAACAAAGCUUGGCUACAACAUUGAAUAUAUUCCCUUAUAUAAAGAUAUGUCUUCUCGUGAUCUCCUUCAGCGUCGUAGUACUACUUUCGCCGGUGAUACCAUGUGGGAAAAUUCAUCAUUGGUACGGGCUUCGAUAUCUGGACAUCUUGCUGUUUUAGAUGGAAUUGACACACUUUCUGGAGGAACACUUAUGGUUUUGGAGAGGUUGGUUAAAGAACGCGAAAUUUCGCUUCCCGAUGGAAAGCAGUUGAUUCAUCCUGCUAGAUAUAAAAAGUUGAUCCAAAAACAUGGAUUGACUCAUGAAUCGUUGGAAAAAAAAGGGAUAUUCGCGACACAUCCAGCUUUUCGAAUAGUGGCUUUGGGUCGUCCUGGAUCUUGGCUCACUCCUGAAAUUGUUGCAAUGUUUCAAUUUAUUGUUAUUCAUCCAUUAAAUUAUCUUGAAGAGACACAAGUUCUUGAAACAUUGUCUCCAGGCAUAAAUGAAAAAAAUCUCUCUCUCCUUUUGCGCUUCGUAAAUCGUCUCCGUCAAGAUACUGGAGAAACAAUGAAAACUUUAUCCGAUGCACUUUCUACACGGCAACUUAUCCGAAUUUGUCGUCGUCUUACUUUGUUUCCUAACGAGAGUCUUUAUCUAGCAAUUCAAAAAGCUACUCUCUCGCGGUUCAUGCCGUCUUUGGUCAGAAUAGCACUAGAAGAAUUGAUGAUAAAUAAUGAAAUUUUACCGCCUUCAGAACCUAUUAAUAUUGAAAAGUUGAAAAUUGAAGUUCUCCCAUCACGAGAUGACCCCCAAACUCUUCGUAUUGGAGAAGUGGAACAGCCUAUAGCAAAAGAUUCAAAUCCUCUCUUAGUUCCUGACGUGGUAUUUCAUGAGAAUCCAAAACAGACCGAAAUACUAAUGCAAAUGCUACAAGAUUAUCAAUUGGGUGAACAUUUGUUGCUUAUUGGAAAUCAAGGUGUAGGAAAAAAUAAAUUGGCCGAUUACUUUUUACAAUUGCUAAAGUUACCAAGGGAAUAUAUACAGUUACACCGUGACACGACCGUGCAAAGUUUAACCGCUAUACCUUCAAUUAUUAAUGGUGUCUUGCAAUUUGAAGAUUCACCACUAGUUAAAGCUGUAAAGAAUGGCCAUGUAUUAGUUGUGGAUGAAGCAGAUAAGGCACCUACAUAUGUUACAGCAAUACUUAGAAAUCUUCUUGAAGAUGGUCAGAUGGUUUUAGGGGAUGGGCGGAGAAUAGUCUCAUCUCUUACAUCAAAAACUUCUAAAGACGACUGCAUCGUGAUUCAUAGGAAUUUCAGAAUGAUUGUUUUGGCAAAUAGACCCGGAUUCCCAUUUCUUGGGAAUGAUUUUUAUAGAGAAAUUGGUGAUGUUUUUAGUUGUCACACUGUUGAUAAUUCUGAUCCGGGCUCUGAAAUGUUUCUACUACGCAACUAUGCCCCUUCCGUCUCCAAUGAUCUUUUACUAAAACUCACAGCUGCAUUUAGUGAUCUUAGAAAACUCGUAGAUGAAGGGUUGAUUUCCUAUCCUUAUUCUACGAGAGAGUUGGUGAAUAUUGCUAAACACAUGCAACAAUACCCAAAUGAGGGUGUUUCAUAUAUUUUGCAAAAUAUCCUUGAUUUUGAUCAAUAUGAUAAGGUUUCUAAAGAUCUUUUGAUAGCAGUUUUUCAGAAGCAUGGAUUUCCAAUUGGAUUAGAGUCUGAUUAUACAAUUAGGUUGGGAAAGAGAGUCCCAUUGAUCGGACCAAUAAUCACUGAAGUCUGGACAAAAUCAAAUUUAGAAAGAAAUAAAUGCCGUAUUCAUGCUUUUACGGAACAAAUAUACACUUUCCGGAUAUUAACACACGGUGAAGCACUUGAUAUAGUAGGCCUUGAUGACGGUUCAUUAUUUGUGGUGACGACAAAUCCUAUAACAUUACAUGCAAUUUGUCAAAAUCACCAAAAAGCCAGAAGUGUCGAUUUGCACGAAUACUUUCCUUUACUAAAAACCUCUUCAACCCUAAAAAUGGCUAUUGUACAAGAAAGAGAUGGAUCUUGGUUAUUGAUACUUCAUAGCUCUUCUGAUAAUUCUAUACUUUCAAUCGAUUUCUCAAAAAAUUCUAUAACUGCAUUUACGUUAACAUCGAGCCCAGAAGAAACAAUUAUGUUGAAAGAUUUUGAAGCCAUUGGAAUCUUAGUUGCUCAAUUAUACUUGGCCAACCCUGAUGUAUGGCUGUUUAGAGACUUCUUAGAUAAGCAUUAUCUUAUUUAUGCACAGUCGGAUAAUAAUUUUGAAAACUUGAUUCCCAAUGUCGUUGAACGUUUUGAUGUUAAAGUAUUGUUAAAAUCUACUCCGACAGAAAUUACAUAUCUCUCUCAAGAAGGUGUUGCACAAGCUAAUGUGUUAUCUGCACGUUUUCUUCAAACGAAUAAUGAUUCAAUAGCAGUUUCCAUUAUUUCAAAUUUACCGGAAGCUUUAAUUAGUAAUAUGGGUGAUGCUGAAAUUUUUUCAUAUAUGAGAGACGCGAAUGAUGAUGGAAACCAUGAAAAUUUUUAUAAAAAUUUUAAGAAUGGUUCAAUAUAUCUGACUAAGUCGGGCCAAUUGGCAACAGUAAUUCCAUCAAAAGAUGGUAGAGGUACUGGAUAUUUAGAACUGUUUAAUCCUAUCCAAAAAGUAUUAUGGAGAAUCGUUCUUCCAUUGGCCAUUCCUGGCAUUGACAAAACUAACCCAAUACUUUCAGCAACGGGUCAUCAAUAUAUACAAGGUGAUAGGAUGGCGGCAUCUUUGUUGGAAUUACCUAAUGGUGAUUUAUUAACAAUGGAUAAUAGUGGUGUUGCAAGAAUAUGGCAAGUUGAUGCAGGGGAAUUAGUAAAAGCAGUUAAUGCAUGGAAAAAGUUGGUUGGCAAUAUUGAUAAACGUACCUUAUCUAUUAUAUAUGAUGAUCCUGAGGGUAAUAUUACUGAAUUCACAUCAGAGGAUGGGGCUUCUAUUAGCGUGAUGGAUUUUAUCAAUGGUGAUGGUAAUAAUGAUGGUGAAGGUAUUGGAGGAGAUAGUGGUGAUCCAAUGAAUUCUAAAGGAAGACAGCAAACCUUUGUAGAUGUUGAGAAUUUGGAGCUUCGAGCUGAAGUUAAGCAACCGCUUGAACUUACCGACGCUCAAAUGGAAUUGCAUAAAUUGAUCAUGCAAAAGCGACUUGAACAAAUAAACAUGACUCAAGAAGAUUUUGAGUUAUAUCGUUCAUAUAAAGCCGAUGUUCAACGUCAAAUUCGAGAACUCCAUAUAAUAUUGGAAAGUAUUGAAGCUAAAGAUAAAGAACGUAUAUGGUUAAAAAAUCAAAGUUCCGGAGAUGUAGAUGAUACCAAAUUAAUUGAAGGAUUAACUGGCGAUGUAAAUAUCUAUAAGCGUCGCGGUGAAAAUGAUCCUGAGAGUGGGUUUUAUCAAGCUCAUCCUAAGAAGAUAUAUUUUGUUUUCGAUUUAAGUGCCAGUAUGUAUCGAUUCAAUUCUCACGAUCGUCGAUUAGAUCGUUCUAUGGAAGUUGCCCUUAUGAUUAUGGAGUCAUUUAAAUCUUUUGAACAUAAGUUCCAAUACCAAAUUUUUGGACAUAGCGGAGAUUCACCUAAUAUUGAAUUCGUAAAAAAAGGUGAAUAUCCGCGCACUGAAAAGGAGACAUUUAAAAUUUUGAGUAGAAUGCAUGCACAUUCACAGUUUUGCCUUAGUGGAGAUAAUACAUUGAGUGCAGUAACACAUGCUAUUAGAGAUAUUACAAAAGAAAUAGCAGAUGAUUAUUUUGUUAUUGUGCUUUCUGAUGCUAAUAUUCAACAAUAUAAAAUUAAUCCGGAGGAUAUUGCGAAAGCGUUGAAAGAAGACGAGAGAGUAAACUCCUUCGUAAUAUUUAUUGGAUCUUUACAAGAUCAAGCUGAAAAACUAAAGAAAAGUCUUGGUAGCCAUGCGCAUAUUUGUUUGGAUAACAAGGAUUUACCGCAAAUUAUGAAAUCUAUUUUCUUGGCCUCGAUGUUAAAAGCUUAA